GGACCUCGGGUUUGGUUUUGCGUUUCGCAGUAGUCGGUUGAAAUUAGAUGAAUUCGAUGCACUAUUUAUAAAUUUAAUCAAGUAAACAGCAAGCAAACAGUGUAAUGCAUUAAAAACAGCAUUAGCAUUAAACCUAACUCGGAUCUCUUCGAACUACAAUGUCUAAGAUUGGACCAAAUAACCUCUUUAUCGUCUUGGACAAGACAGAUAGUACGUGCUCUGAUGAGUACUUGUUGUGCUGCCGCGCCUGUCUGUCCACCGACGUCAGAUUGUACAAUAUUCAUGAUUAUAAACUUGCUAAAGCUUUCUCUGCCAUUGCUGGGACUGCUGUAAUCAAGGACGAGCUUCUUCAAUAUUUGUGUUCACACUGCUGCACUCUACUGAUGAAGUGUGUCUCGUUCAGGAAGAUGUGUCUCCGAUCUCCACAACGGCUCAUGCCAGCGUUGCUGAGAGGACUGCUAAACACAGACUACAUUCGUAGUAUAAAUCAGCCUUCUCAACAUUGCAUCAAUUUAACCACAACUAAAGUUGAAACUAUCAACUACAUCCCUAAAGAUAUACAUGUUAUUGAGACUGCAUCGGAUAAUUAUAUAACAAUUAUGGAAACUCUAACACAAGACAUAAACUUUGACACAUCACUAGCAGAAAACAUAAAAGAUGAACCAAACAUAGAUAUGGUUGACAUAAAUAAUAUAUUAAACCAAACUGAUGAUAUAGUAGAAUUCGACAUUGAAGUAGACGAAGAAAGUAAUGUAAAAGACGAAAAUGGAUUAAAAGGUAGGAAUAAAAAUAUUAAAACAGAAAACGGUGGAACAGGAGCCAAAUUUAAGAUAGAAAUAGAUAAUGAAAAUGGUGAUGUAAUUAAUGUUAGUAGAAUUAAAUCAGUUAUGGAUGGAGGUAUUGUAAAUGAAAAUGAAGAUAUAGGUGAUGUCGAUGUCAGUCUAAAAAAUGAAUCAAAUUUAGUAAUUGGAGACCAUAUUAAGAAUAUAAAUGAUGUCAGUAGUAUACAGAAUGUUAAAACUUCAGUAAAAAAGCGAAAAGGAAACGGUAGUACACAAAACGCUAACAAUUUAGUAAAGAAGCGUAAAAGUAAUAAAAAGGAGGAGAAAACUGAAAGUAAACUUAGUGAAAAAAAUACGGGUGUCAAACCGAAACGCACGAGGAAAAGAAUAAGAAACGAAAAGGAAGAAAUGAGAAAAAAUAAGAUUUUCGAAAGUGAUUAUUCAGUGGAAAUAGUUUUUUUGAGCAAGGAAGAGCAACUGGCUGAGGUGACGGCGCGCAGGGAGGGCAGGAACUACUUGGAGUCUCAUUUCAAGUGCGAGGAGUGUUACAAAGGGUUCGAAAUGAGGCCCGCUUAUGAGAAUCAUAUGCAGCGGCACAGUCCUGGCACUGGUCCGUACUCUUGCGAGAUCUGCGCCGUGCGCUUCCAAUGCGACAGAAGGAGGAGAGGUCACCAGAAUCUGCAUCGGUUGAAGCUGCUCUGCACGCUGUGCGACUUUGUCUCAAGAACCAAGUCCCAGGCGAUGCUCCACUACGGUCUUCACGCGGGCCGAGUGUACCAGUGCGAGCACUGCGACAAGAGCUUCGAAAAGAGUACGUCAUACUUUUCUCACGUGCGCACCAACCACCUCGCGACUAACGUGGCGUGCGACGAGUGUGGCGAGGUGUUUGUCAGUAGCAACGGGCUCAAACAACACAAGACGAAAACACAUGCCAAGAAAAUCAAGUGCGAAACAUGCUCAGCGAUGUUUGUGAGCUUAGCCGCUCUGGACAGACAUACGGACACGGCCGGCGAGCAUACGGGCCUGUGGCCGUGCGAGCAGUGCGGCGAGAACUGUGCGAGCGAGGAGGCGCUACACGAGCAUGUGGGGAGGACACAUCCGACAGUGUCGAUUCAAUGUGAUGAGUGCUCGAUAUCGUUCCCGACGGCUGAAGCUUACACGACUCACGUGUCGCGCUCGCAUCUCCAGCAGAAGAGGAAGGACACGCGACAGGGAAAGUAUUAUAAGCAGAAGGCCUCAGAGAAGAUAAAGAAGAUAAAGGCUAUGUGCGAGUUGUGUGGACACAAAGUGACGACCCCAGCGCUGCUGAAACAACACAAUCAACUGAAACACCAGGAGCCAAAACCAUAUGCCUGCAACGACUGCCCGAAGGCGUUCACCUCGAAAGGAAAUUUAAUUAUUCAUAUCCGCUCGCACACGGGCGAGAAACCUUACAAGUGUAAGCGCUGCCCGAGUGCCUUCACCGUGAAGAGUAACCUCAAACGACACCAUAAGACAAUGCACCUGGGCAUCCACGGCUGCUUCGCGUGCAACAUCUGUGGGACCACGCUGACCACCAAGUUCAUGCUGCGCACCCACAUCGAGUCCAAACAUGGCGGCCGAGGCUGGCCGAGAGGCCGCAAACGGCAACAGGCGCGGUAAUUAAAAUAGAAAUGAACCGUAAUAAAGAUGAACUGCAACCGCAGUUUGGCGAGGAAUAUAAUUGGCAGAAAAUUGUUGUGU